UUUGAUCGAUAUUCUAAAUCAACAACCCAACCUUACGACAAUAUAAGAAGCACGUUCAAUAUUUUAACGUAAAAAAUGAAUUCUGAUACAAAGAAACUUACAUCAAAUCAAUAUGGAAGAGUGAAUAUUCAACAGCUGGAGCGAUGUCGAGUGAAUUUCUGUACAGACAUGGAAAAAUCUGUCCUAAUGAGUAACUUCGAAAGACGCGGAUGGAAUCAAGUAGGACCAGAUGAUGAAUGGUUCUUAUAUUGGGCGUCAACACAAACUUGUAGAAACCUCUUCAGUGUUGAAAGUGGAUACAGAAUGAACGACAACCAAAUAAUAAACCACUUCCCAAAUCAUUACGAAUUAUCAAGAAAAGAUUUACUUGUAAAAAAUAUUAAACGAUACAGAAAGGAAUUGGAAAGGGAAGGCAACCCUUUAGCGGAAAAAAUGGAAGUAGUUCUGAGUGCAGGUCAUGUUGUUAACAGAUACCUCCAUCUUGAUUUUAUUCCUGUUACCUUUGUACUUCCAGCGGACUAUAACAUGUUUGUGGAAGAGUAUCGGAAAUCCCCGCAGAGCACUUGGAUAAUGAAACCGUGUGGCAAAUCCCAAGGUACGGGUAUUUUUCUCAUAAAUAAACUAUCAAAGUUGAAAAAGUGGUCUCGUGAAGCGAAGGCACCUUUCCAUCCGCAAUUAAGUAAAGAAAGCUACGUAAUAUCACGAUAUAUUGAUAAUCCACUACUCAUUGGUGGCAAAAAGUUUGAUCUACGUUUGUAUGUGUUAGUAACUUCAUUUCGUCCUCUCAAAGCUUACUUAUUCCAAUUGGGUUUCUGCAGAUUUUGUACUGUUAAAUAUGACGCGAGUGUUACUGAGCUAGACAAUAUGUAUGUACAUUUAACGAAUGUUAGCGUACAAAAGCAUGGUGGUGAUUACAACAAUAUCCACGGCGGAAAAAUGAGUGUUCAAAAUUUACGACUAUACUUAGAAGGUACUAAAGGAAGAGCUGUUACUGAGAAAUUAUUUGCUGCUAUACAAUGGCUCAUUGUGCACUCUUUGAAAGCCGUUUCUUCAGUAAUGGCCAAUGAUAGACAUUGCUUUGAAUGUUACGGGUACGAUAUUAUUAUAGACAAUAAGCUGAAGCCGUGGUUAGUGGAAGUCAACGCUUCGCCAUCGCUCACUUCAACAACAGUUAACGACAGGAUUAUGAAAUACAAGCUUAUAGACAACAUAUUAUCAGUAGUACUGCCUCCAGAUGGAAUACCAGAUGUAAGGUGGGGUAAAGUACCGAGUCCUGAAGCUCUCGGAAAUUUCGAUUUGCUUAUUGAUGAAGAAUUAGUUGAAAAAGAAGAAUCGACCAAUUCAAACCGGACAGCUAGAAGCCAUAAAAGUAGAAGUUAACAACAUCAAUGUGAUACAUAAUAUCUAUUUCUAUAGUGGCUUUAGUGGUAUUAGUAUUCACCACCA